UUUCUCCCCUCCCUUGGUUCGGACUUUGACCGCUGCCACAUCGAAAGAGGCUUUGGCCCGAGCAGAAGGAGAGAAGGACCCACCGCAGACAGACAGACAGACAGACAGACAGACAACACAACACAACAAGGGGACGGACACUCACGGUGCGGAAGGAGACCCUCAAUCCGUGGGCUCCAUGGAGGGGACGGAGCUGCUGGACCUGCUCUUUGACCGGGCGGAGGGGGUCCUGCGCAGCGUGGAGAUGGGCUGCCCCCCCGGGACCCCCUGGCCGGAGACCUCGGAGGGGGAGGCCGACUUCCUGGCCUCGCUGCUGGACUCCCCCGGGUGGUCCCCCUCGGCCAGCGACAGCGGCACCUCCGAGGACCCCCCCUCCGACCACGGCCACAGCCCCCCCCACUGCGUCCCCCGCGGAAACCACGAUCCCGACCACGGACACCCUUUCCGGCCCCUCACCGGCCCCCCCUCCGAGGUGUCCAUCGAGCUCAGCCUGUGGGACGCAGGGUUUUACCCGGAGGAAAGGCCCGACCUGGCCACGUCCGUCUUGGAUUCGCCGUCCUGCACCUUGACCAUCAAGGACCUCCUCCUCUCCAACUCCAACUGCGACAUGGCUGUGGGUGCGUCGGUGGGGAGGCCAAGUGGCAGUGGGCUGCCCCAGGAGCUGGUGCUGACCGAGGACGAGCGGAAGCUGCUGGCCAAGGAGGGUCUGGCCCUGCCCUCCCAGCUGCCCCUCACCAAGUACGAAGAGCGGAUCCUGAAGAAGAUCCGGAGGAAGAUCCGCAACAAGCAGUCCGCCCAGGAGAGCCGCAAGAAGAAGAAGGAGUACAUCGACGGGCUGGAGAGCCGGAUGUCUGCCUGCACGGCCCAGAACCAGGAGCUGCAGCGGAAGGUGGUCCACCUGGAGAAGCAGAACCUGUCCCUGCUCCAGCAGCUGAAGAAGCUCCAGGGCCUGGUCAUGCAGUCCAGCAGCAAGGCCGCCCAGACCAGCACCUGCGUUGCCGUGCUGCUCCUCUCCUUCGCCCUGAUCGUCUUCCCCUCCUUCAGCGCCUUCAACCGCAAAGAAGCCCACGCCCAAGGAGACGGAGACUUCAUGCCUGUCAGAGUCUUCUCCAGAUCCCUCCACGAUGACGCCUCGUCCAGGGUGGCCUUUUCCCUGGACAAGAGCCUGGCCGCAGACCACGAGACCGAGAAGACCCCGCACUGGACCGAAUACGCCCAGGAAGGCCCCCCGGAACGGAAGAGCCCCUUCUUCUCGCGGAUCCCCAAGAGCAGAGCCACGGCUCUCGACAACAGCACCAACCCCAAGGAGAGCCCGGUGGGCUUCGCGGGACACAGCGUGGCCGCCCUGGCCUGGACGGAGCCCAACAACUCCCUUGGGAAGGUCAUCCUCGAGCCGGCCGAGGAGCUCUGACCCUCCCCACUCCCUUCUUCUCUCUCUCGGGGGACUUCGGGGAGCGGGUCUGGGGCUGUGUAUAGAGAUAUCUACAAGUCCUGGAGACAUCUUGCCUCUCUCCAUGCUCACAGGAGAAAAAAAUAGCAUCCCACAAGCAUCUAGUGCCAACUGUAGAGUCUUUAAGCUCCAACCAUUUACAGGAGACUUUAGUGAAAUAAUUACAUUUCCAUCUUAGGGAAGUUAAGGAACGUUUUCACUCCCCCUGGAGACAUCUUGCCUCUCUCCAUGCUCACGGGAGAAAAAAUUAGCAUCCCACAAGCAUCUUUAAGCUCCAACCAUUUACAGGACACUUUAGUGAAAUAAUUACAUUUCCAUCUAGGGAAGUUAAGGAACGUUUUCACUCUCCCUGGAGACACCUUGCCUCUCUCCAUGCUCACAGGAGAAAAAAUUAGCAUCCCACAAGCAUCUAGUGCCAACUGUAGAGUCUUUAAGCUCCAACCAUUUACAGGAGACUUUAGUGAAAUAAUUACAUUUCCAUCUUAGGGAAGUUAAGGAACGUUUUCACUCCCCCUGGAGACAUCUUGCCUCUCUCCAUGCUCACGGGAGAAAAAAUUAGCAUCCCACAAGCAUCUUUAAGCUCCAACCAUUUACAGGACACUUUAGUGAAAUAAUUACAUUUCCAUCUAGGGAAGUUAAGGAACGUUUUCACUCUCCCUGGAGACACCUUGCCUCUCUCCAUGCUCACAGGAGAAAAAAUUAGCAUCCCACAAGCAUCUAGUGCCAACUGUAGAGUCUUUAAGCUCCAACCAUUUACAGGAGACUUUAGUGAAAUAAUUACAUUUCCAUCUGGGGAAGUUAGGGCACAUUCUGACUCUCCCUGGAGACACCUUGCCUCUCUCCAUGCUCACAGGAGAAUUUAGCAUCCCAGAAGCAUCUAGUGCCAAGAGUAUAGCCUUUGAGAUAUUUACAGCCAUUUCCCUUUCCAUCGAGGGAAGGUAAGGCCCAGCUAUUUCACUAUCUAACUCUCCCUGGAGACAUCUUGCCUCUCUCCAUGCUCACAGGAAGAGAAUUUAGCAUCCCAGAAGCUUCUAGUGCCAGCAGUAGAGCCUUUGAGCUCCAAGAAUUUACAGGAGACUUUACUGUAAUAAUUACAUUUCAAUACACGGAAGUUAAGGCUUAGCUAUCAAACGUUCUGACUCUCCCUGGAGACAUCUUGCCUCUCUCCAUGCUCACAGGAGGAGAAUUUAGCAUCUCAGAUGCAGCUAGUGCCAGCAAUAGAGCCUUCAAGCUCCAAGAAUUUACAAAAGACUUUACUGUAAUAAUUACAUUUCAAUACACAGAAGUUAAGGCUUAGCUAUCAAACGUUCUGACCCUCCCUGGACACAUCUCGCCUCUCUCCAUGCUCACAGGAGAAGAAAUUAGCAUCCCAGAAGCAUCUAGUACCAGCAGUAGAGCCAUUGAGAUCCAAACAAUUUGCAGGAGACUUUACUGAAAUAAUUACAUUUCCAUCUAGGGAAGUUUAGGCAAGUUUUAACUCUCCCUGGAGACAUCUUGCCUCUCUCCAUGCUCACAGGAAGAGAAUUUAGCAUCCCAGAAGCUUCUAGUGCCAGCAGUAGAGCCUUCGAGCUCCAAGAAUUUACAGGAGACUUUACUGUAAUAAUUACAUUUCAAAAUAUGGAAGUUUAGGCACGUUCUGACUCUCCCUGGAGACAUCUUGCCUCUCUCCAUGCUCACAGGAGAAGCAUUUAGCAUCUCAGAAGCUUCUGGUGCCAGCAGGAGAGCCAUUGAGCUUCAGCAAUUUGGGAGCAGAGUCAAGUUUGAUAGGUUAUCACGUAUCCAAGGGAACACAGAGCUAUUUUAUAUUUUUCCAAAAAAUAAACUCACCAGGCUUCCAGGGAUCACGCCGUCCCACAGUCCUGCCUUCUGUUCACCAUUAUAUAACACUUGCUGUUCCCGCGGAGGUAACCAUGGACACAAAGCACCCGAUCCUGCACAAAAUUCAACUUUUCUUCUGAUUAUUUUUUUUGUUAAGUCAAUACAAUGACUGAGGAAAAAUGGGAAUAAUAAUAAUAAUAAUAAAAACAAAAAUAAUAA